AUGGAGGCCUGGGCCAGGGAAGGCGCAGGCCCGGGCGGGCGGGCGCUCCUGGGGAAGAGUGGGGGUAAAGGCGGUGACAAUAACAAGGAAGGUGCGGCGACGGGGGCCGCGAGGGGCCAGUUCCGGCUGCCCGCGGGCGCCCUCGCGAGGCCGGGCUGCGGCGGAAGUGGCGGCGACAAAGCCGAGCCAGCCGCGGCGUCUGGGCCAAAGUCGCGAUCCGCUGGCAUGAUGCGAACCGUAGGUGGAACUGCUUAUCUCAACUCUCCUACCCGUCUGCGCUCUCAGCCUGUGACCCGCUCCCGUUCUCUUCCAAGCAGGGAGCGCCAGGGGCCUCCUGUCUCUCUUCCCCUCUCUACGUCCUGCUUUCCCGGGGACAUCCCCCUCUAAUUCUCCGAGGGUGCCUCUGGUCCAUCCCUCCAGCAUCUUCCUAACGGUGAAGACAAACCCACAAGCUUAUAGUUUUGAGGGUUUGCUAUGGAUUAUUUUAAUAGUAGUAACAGGUAACGCUUAUAAAGCUCGCACUCUGUGCCCGGCAUGGCGCUAAGCGCUUCCUAUACGCAUUAAUUCGUUCAGUCUUUAGAACAACACUGAGCUACGUCUUAGUAAGUACUGUCCUCAGUUUGCAAAAUCAGGAAACUGAGACAUUAAGUAAAAUGCCAAGAUUAUACAGACAGCAGGCAAAUCGGGUGAUUCUGGACUGAGGUUUUUUUUCUUUGUUGUUUUUUUGUUUUUAAUUACUGUUGUAGGUGGUCAAAAUAGAAUAAGUAUUUUUCCUAAUUAUUUAGUGGAAUGUAAAGUUUAUUGGAAAAUACUUUCUUGGUGAAGUGGAUAUUUUACUUUUACAAAUUCAUAUGUGUAUGGUUGAGUAUGUCUCGUUUCUGGAAAGCUGAGCAUCACUUCUGUUUUUUUCUUUCUUUUUUUUUUUUUUAGCUUUUAUUCUUAUUUCUAAUUUUUACAUCUGUAUGCCCUGAAAAACCGUAUUCGUAUAAACAGGCACUAUAUCCGGGAAUGGACUUUUAUUGUAGCAAUGCCGUUCAAUUCUUGGUAUCAAAAAAUUAGAUUUGAUGACUUAUGAAUUCACUGUUCAACCUUCCUUCAAAGCAAAAGAAUUGAAAACCACCUGACUUGCCAAAGGAUUUGUUUAUCUAGUCCUUGUUCACUUUUUCAGUUUCUGGGAAAUAAACCAAAUAGACUUUAUUAAAAUAUCAAAUGGCUAUAAAUGAGACUUUUUUUUUUUUUUUUCCAAUGAGAUGUACAUUGUUUAACCUGAUAUAUUCCAAAGUUUGGGGAAAAUCUAGACAUUGUUAAUUUUCAUAAAUUGUUUCAGUUAAAGUGCUUUUUUAAAUUUUGUUUUGUUAUCCUAUACUUCAGUUUUGUUAUAGUCAAAACUUUUCUGCUAAUGAUACAGCUCAUUCAGGUUGAAACUUUGUCAACCAUGGAAAGUGUGUCAUAUACCCUAAUUAACAGAGCCUGUUUUCUUUCUUUCUUUUUAUUAAAUUUAUUUUUUAUU